ACGGGACGGGACGGGAGAGAGAAGAGAGGAAGAAAAGGGCAGCAGCAGCAGCAGCAGCAGGAGGCAGCAGUGCACCACCACCGUACCGGAGGGGGGCAGCGCCCAAAAAAGGCAAAGGGGAGCCUGUCCGUCUCCGUCUGAGAGAGAGAGAGAGAGAGACCGAGGAGAGAGAAGCGCAGGCGCGCAUCUCCCCCCCCCUCCUCCCUCCCCUUGCCGCCCGGCCGUCCCCCUGCUCCUGCUCUGCGCCGGUCGGCUCUGCUCUGCUCUGCUCUGCUGCUGGUCGGAGCCGCGCCACCACCAACCCCGCCGAUGCGCGCCUAGCCAGGCAUCAUCCCCGCGACGACCCACCACCCACCCGCUGCAUCUCCUCUCCCUCCCGGUUGAUCUGCUGCGGCUCGCCAUCGCUGCGCAUCACCCCUCCCUGCCCCCGAUCCACCUCCGCUGGGACGCUUGCCUGCCUGCCUGCCUGCCUUGCCUCUAUAUAAACGCCAGCCAGCCCCCGCUUCGUCUUCUCCGACCCCGCCACAGAACCUUCCAGAACCCUCCUCCCUCCCCUCCACUCUCCUCCCCGACCGACGACUCCGAUGGCCGUCGUCGAGGCCGCCGCCGCCGUGGACCACGCCGCGCCGCCGCGCCAUGAGGAGGAGGAGGAGGAGGCGCCGGGCACCGGCGCUGCCGCCGCCGACGCGGCCGGGGAGCGCGAGAUGCGGGAUCUGGAGGACCUCCUCUCCAAGCUCAACCCCAUGGCCGAGGAGUUCGUCCCGCCCUCCCUCACCUCCCCCGUGGCCGUCGCCGUCGGCGCCGGGCCGGGCCCGGGGCCCCUCACGCCCGCGCCGCUCUCCCCCGCCGCCUACGGCUUCUACCCGGCCGCUAACGCCGGUUUCGCGGUCGCCUCGCCGGCGGCCCACCGCGGCGUCGUCGGAUUCCCGGCCGCCGUCGCCGACGCCGCCCACGCCGGACGCGGCAGGAAGAAGGGCGGAGCCGGAGGAGGGUUCGGCGGCCACGGCCACCCCGGCAGGCGGCGGACCAACAGCCGCACCAGCAUGGCGCAGCGCGACGAGGUCAUCCGCCGCACCGUCUACGUCUCCGACAUCGAUCAUCAGGUUACUGAAGAAAACCUGGCAGCACUAUUUAUAAACUGCGGACAGGUUGUGGACUGUCGCAUGUGUGGGGACCCAAACUCAGUCCUUCGGUUUGCCUUCAUAGAGUUCACUGAUGAGGAGGGUGCAAGGGCUGCUCUGAAUCUGUCAGGAACUGUUCUUGGAUAUUAUCCUGUCAGGGUUCUGCCAUCAAAAACUGCCAUUGCACCAGUUAACCCAACAUUCCUACCCAGGUCUGAUGAUGAACGUGAAAUGUGUGCAAGGACUAUUUACUGCACAAACAUUGACAAGAAGGUCACUCAGGCAGACCUGAAAUUGUUCUUUGAGUCCAUAUGUGGAGAGGUCUUUCGACUGAGGUUGCUUGGUGACUACCAUCAUUCUACUCGCAUCGCUUUUGUGGAAUUUGUGAUGGCUGAAAGUGCUACUGCUGCUCUCAACUGCAGUGGUGUGAUACUGGGAUCCUUGCCAAUAAGGGUGAGCCCGUCAAAGACUCCCGUGCGUCCCCGCGCGCCUCGCCAGCUGAUGCACUAGAUGUCGUAGGUACAGGAGGUGCUGAUGGCACUGCUUAUAUAUAAUAGAGAUAGACAUAUAUAUGAAAAGGGGAGGAAAGAAGUCGCGACAUGUGUCUUUUGUUUUUAAGUUAUGGGCUCGGCCUUUUUUUUUUCUUGCUUCACCGUUCCUCCGUGAGUAAAGCGCCUGCGCCCGGAGCCAGAGAGAUGGGGAAAUCCCGGGUCGAGGCUGGGUCCUUUUUACCUUGCACUUGCACAUAGAGGAGAGCUUCUUACUAGAAGGAAGCAUGGGGUCGGUCUGCCUGAUGAUGCUCUUGUCCUUGAUGCAACAAAGGCAAAACUCCUGGACUUUUACCCUGUGUUCAGUUGUUUGCUGUGUCCUGGUUGCUACUGAAAAAAAAACAUAAACUUGGGGAUUGGAGACUAUGAACUCUUGCUUACCGUUAUAUGCCCUACAAAACCUUUUGGUUGCUUCCAUCCA